CUUGUUGAUCUCACUGUUGUGGAUUUUGGGGAAGGUGAACUUGCUCGGAUUGUUGAUCAAUAUACCCCAGACCUUGCUUUCUACGACCCACAGGAUAAUCCGUCUAACCGACCAAAUCGCCUUCCCGGGGAAAUAAAGCCUUCAUACAAAUGGUCGAGGGCCCUACAGGAUGCACCAAGAGAAUAUGGUCAAACUCAAUUCUUACAGGCUCUGUCUCAAAUAAACUGGUAUAUGGAGCAGAAUGAAACUCAGUAUGGUUUCAUACUUACUGAUCGUGAACUGGUUGCUAUAAAACGCCUCGAUGACGACGGGAGGCUAGAGCUAUCAGAAACAGUACCGUGGAGUACCAGAGGUAGCGAAGAAAGCCCUCGGCUUACUGUGCUCCUUGCUCUCUGGUACCUGGGAAUGCUAGCUGCCAACAACGGACAGUGGCAAUUGGUGGCUUGAUCAUCUUGCCAAUCAUUUUUCUCCUUUCUAG